AUGGACAGUACCACCCGCACCUGGACGACGAAUGCGGGCUGGCAGAACGCGCGGCUGUCAUACCUGAUGCACCCCGCCAAGGGCGCCAACUUUGUGAUGUACCUCGUCGACAUGGCCCCCGGCUCGGCUGCACCACCAAAGACGCCCAUUACAGAGAGGUUCAUGCUGGUGCUGACGGGGCAGCUGGAGAUUGACGUCAACGACAACGAGGUGGAGGUCAGCAGCAACCACUAUGCGUACCUGCCGCCCGCCUCGGAAGAGUACCUUUCACAAACCGUGACGUCCGAGGGGGGUGCCAAGCUGCUGGUGUACGAACGCAUUUUCGCAAAGGCAGAGGGCAUGCCUGGGUUUGAGCACGGCGCCGUCGACGACGUCCUGCCGGACGCCAUCACUGCGGGCCCCGCGGGCGCGACCGUGCAGCGCCGCCUGCUGCCUGACAGCGACGAGUGGGACUUCGACGUCUUGGUAUUGGACGUCAAGCCAGGAGCCUCGCCGCCCGAAGUGGUGGGCGGCUGGCUGAAAGGAAAUUACAAUAACCAUGGCUUGCUGCUACUGUCAGGAGAGGGCAUCAUCCGACUGGGCGACGGCUGGUACCCUGUCCGUGCUGGUGACGCAGUGUGGGCGGCGCCCUAUGUGCCGCAGUGGUUUGCCGCCCUGGGGCAGGAACGGGCGCGGCUGGUGAUGUACCGCGACAGGAAUGUGGACCCGCUAUUCUUGGCCUAG